AUGUCAGAAAAGAGUUGGAAGGUCUAUGUUAACAAGGAUGCAGGGUGUGAGGAGGGUUGGCAUUCCUACAAAAAUUCCAGCUACUUUUAUUCGACUGAAGAUUUGACUUGGUACGAUGCCCGAGAUAGCAGUCUUGAAAUGGGAGCCACAUUAGCUGUUAUCACGGAUGAGGCAGAGGAUGAUUUUGUUGGGGACCUUAUUGGAGGAUCUUACUACACCUGGCUUGGAGCGACGGACGAAGACCUGGAAGGCUCGUGGCGUUGGGUUACAGGGGCUGAGUUGAAAUUUUCGCCCUGGUUUAAUGUUUUGGAUGACAAUACAAGAAACUGUCUUAUCCGACGUAGCGUCUUCGGAUGGAUCCAUGCUACUUGUGACUUUACAACUUCUUAUUUGUGUGAAGGGGUAAACAGUUGUGCAUAA